GGUUGUGGCUGCAGACGAGUUUCGGGAUGACUCACUUGAUCUAUCGUCUCGUCUGGGGGAAGUUUCGCAAUUCGCAUCAUCAGAAGAAGGAAAGGAUGGGAAGGAAGAAAAGGAACUCGCCUUUAUUUGGUCCCCUUUACUGUGUGUAGUGGUUUCUGUCUAUUUCCGUUAGAUUUCGGACGCGUUCGACGACUUGUUUAAAAUAUUCGUGAAGUCUUACACUUGUGCCCGACUGCUGGAGCUUCUGAUAUAAAAAACAGUGUCUGUGACUGUGAAUCCAAUUUCGUUUCCCGCAAUGAGGGGUCUGUCUCACCGUGACAGCCCAUGGGCGUCAGAUACGGCUUCCGAGAAAACAACCAGUGUAGGAUCAUCUCCCCGGACGGAUUAUGAAUCAGCGGAGGAGUUCCUCCAGGUGACGCUUGAUCUCCAAGAUGACGAUACCAUCAUUCUCCGAAGCGUCGAAUCGGCUACCGUCAUUGAUAUAGAUUUGGAAGUCUCCAUCGGAAGUGAGACGGAGACGCCAGCAUCAUCGAGAUCGCCCACGGUUAGGCGUAGUUCUUCCAAUCGGCUACGUCAGCUUUCUCAGGAGAUUAUAGCUGAGCUUAAGAGGUUCUCGUGGGGCCAGCAUGGCCGUGCGUCUCGAACGCCGUCUGCUUCUGCCUCGCCACCCUCUGCCGCCCAGAAUGGUGCCGGCACCUGCUCCGCUUUAGAUUCAGUUUUGGCCGCUCGAGAUCUCCGGAAGCAACGAGCGCAGCUCGAACGAUCUAAACCCGGUGCUGAAAGAGCUCUUCGAGGGCUGAGAUUCAUUAGCAACAAAAGUAACCAAGGCGUUGACAAGUGGAAUGAAGUCGACAACAACUUCAAUGAACUUGCGCAGGACGGUCUUCUCCACCGUUCAGAUUUUGCACAAUGCAUAGGAAUGCGAGACUCGGAGGAAUUUGCGCUGGAACUGUUCGAUGCAUUGAAUAGGAGGAGACGGAUUAAGAUGGAUAAGAUCAGCAAAGAAGAACUUCACGAGUUCUGGUGUCAAAUUACCGACGAGAGCUUCGAUUCUCGGCUCCAGAUCUUCUUCGACAUGGUGGACAAGAACGAAGAUGGACGAAUCACUGAAGCAGAAGUGAAGGAGAUUAUAACGUUAAGUGCUUCUGCAAAUAAGUUGUCGAGACUGAAGGAACAGGCGGAGGAAUAUGCUGCUUUGAUCAUGGAAGAGCUAGAUCCUGAAAGGUUUGGAUACAUCGAGCUAUGGCAACUAGAGACCUUGCUGCUGCAGGACGCGUACUUGAAUUAUAGCCAAGCAUUAAGCUACACGAGCCAGGCACUGAGCCAGAACCUGCAGGGGCUGAGGAAGAGGAACCCAAUUCAGAGAGUGAGAACCAAGGUGGUGUACUACCUGGAGGAGAACUGGAAGAGGGUGUGGGUGUUGGGGCUGUGGGUGGGUAUCAUGGCUGGUCUCUUCUGCUGGAAAUUCUUUCAAUACAAGCAGAAGAAUGCAUUCAAGGUGAUGGGUUACUGCCUACCGACGGCCAAGGGUGCGGCCGAGACCUUAAAGUUCAACAUGGCUCUCAUCCUGUUUCCAGUUUCCAGAAACACCAUAACCUGGCUCAGGUCCACCAAGCUCGCCCUGUUCCUUCCUUUCGAUGACAGCAUCAAUUUUCACAAGACCAUAGCGGCAGCAAUCGUGGUAGGCGUUAUUCUUCAUGCCGGAAACCACAUCACUUGUGACUUCCCACGUCUCAUUCAUGCCUCUAGCGGCGAAUACGAAGGUUACUUGAGAGAUGAUUUUGGGGAUCACAAGCCCACGUACGGGAAACUGGUCCGAGGUGUGGAGGGCAUCACUGGAAUCCUGAUGGUGCUGUGCAUGGCAGUCGCCUUCACCCUUGCGACGCGGUGGUUCAGGCAGAGCCGUGUUAGCCUCCCUAUGCCGUUCCACAGGCUCACCGGCUUCAAUGCAUUCUGGUAUUCGCACCACCUUCUUGCCAUUGUCUACACAUUGCUCGUCGUUCACGGCACCUUUCUCUACCUCGUCCACAAAUGGUACCUCAAGACGACGUGGAUGUAUCUAGCUGUUCCUGUUUUGCUUUAUGCCGGAGAGAGGAUCCUGCGCUUCUUCCGCUCUGGCUUUUACUCUGUUCGCCUACUGAAGGUUACCAUUUAUCCAGGUAAUGUUCUCGCUUUGCAAAUGUCCAAGCCUGCCCAAUUCCAGUAUAAAAGUGGCCAGUACAUGUUCGUCCAAUGCCCGGCUGUGUCUUCAUUUGAGUGGCACCCGUUUUCAAUUACAUCAGCUCCUGAUGAUGAUUACUUGAGCAUCCACAUCCGGCAGUUAGGUGAUUGGACAAAAGAGAUCAAGAGGGUAUUUUCAGAAGUAUGUGAGCCACCUGUUGCUGGGAGAAGUGGGCUUCUUAGAGCUGAUGAAACAACCAAGAAAAAUUUUCCAAAGCUCUUAAUAGAUGGGCCUUAUGGAGCUCCAGCACAAGAUUACUGCAAAUAUGAUGUAUUGUUACUUGUUGGGCUUGGAAUUGGAGCAACACCUUGCAUCAGUAUUCUGAAAGAUUUGCUGAACAAUAUAGUCAAGAUGGAGGAACAAGCAGAUUCAAUCUCAGAUUUCAGUAGGUCUACAGAUCAGAGUGCUGGAUCCUCAGAUUUGUCCUUUUCUAGCAAAGUCUCUCCAAGGGGAAGAAAAACUGCAAAGACAACGAAUGCCUACUUCUACUGGGUGACAAGAGAGCAGGAUUCCUUUGACUGGUUCAAAGAGGUCAUGGAUGAAGUUGCCGAGCUUGAUCAGAGGGGUAUGAUUGAGAUGCACAAUUACUUGACAAGUGUCUAUGAGGAAGGGGAUGCCCGUUCUGCUCUUAUCACCAUGGUGCAAGCGCUCAACCAUGCUAAGAAUGGCGUUGACAUUGUUUCUGGAACUAGAGUGAGGACCCAUUUUGCGAGGCCUAACUGGAGGAAGGUCUUUUCCAGAACAUGUUCGAAGCAUCCCAAUGCUAAGAUAGGAGUUUUCUACUGUGGGGCACAAUUAUUGGCCGAAGAACUAAGGAAGCUCUGCCAUGAAUACAAUCAAGAAGGCUCCACCAAGUUGGAGUUCCACAAGGAACAUUUCUAGUGCUCGGAGUCGUGUCAUUGUCUCCUCUUCAUCGCCAUGUGGUUGUUGGCAACCAAAAUGGAUGAAAAAAAGAAAGAGUGGUAAUAGUGUACAGCCGUGAAGUAAAGAAAGAAUAAAGCGCCGCAUAAAGGAGGUUUAGGUAGUGAAAUUAGUUGGUUGGAAUGAACAGGGAUGGGCAUGGCUGUGGAGCUUUUUGGAAGGAGAGGAGUUGGUCUUAUAAUAGAUCAAUGGUUGUCUAGUAGGUGGACGGAUUUGGGUUCGUGGAUCGGGUGGAUUUGUCUUCAUCUUUGAUCGUUGGUGGGUCGGGCGGGUUCUUCAAGUUCUAGGGGAGAUCGGCUUCUAUCAGGGCAAAUCUGUGCCCACACAGUUCUAACAGCAUUUUGCAACUUUGCAUUGGGAAUAUCUCUUCAUGAAAUAAAGUAUACAGGUAUGGAGAUGUUCUCAAUGCAAGGCAGUAAAGACUGUUCGAAUGGGCUUUGCCCUGACUGAAGCCAAACAUGUUCUAGGGAAUUGACGUGGUGUAUCAUUAACUUAGAGUUUGGCUUCAGUCAGGGCAAAGCUCAUUCGGGCCGCUUUUACUGUCUUGCAUUGAGAAUAUCUCCGUACUUGUAUGCUUUAUUUAAUGGGGAGAUAUUCCCAAUCCAAGGUUGUAAAAGGCUAUUAGAAUGGUGUGGGCACAAAUUUGCCCUGAUAGAAGCCGAUCUCCAUUACUUGCACAAUAUUUAUAUCACGAGUAGAAUUGUAGAGGAUUUUGGCUUCAUAAAAAAAUUGUAGAGGAUUUUUUUUUUUUGUUUUUUGGUUUAAAAUAUUGCUGAAAUAGCAGUCUUUUGUUAUGGAAAAUUUUCAAUUUUCUUAUACAACAGCAAGGAAAGAGAAAUUGUAAAUGUGAAUUCAGAAUUUAUGAACACAGGUGGAGUUGGUUACA